GACUUUUAUUGUGAAAUUCAGACUUUACGGAAAUUAUACUCAACCUGUUACCUGUAACAGUUCAAAACACUUCAAUAUUUUCUCCUUUACCAAUCAUGAAUGAGAAAUUACUUUCAUUUCAACAAGAUCAGCACUAAAUAACUAGGAUCAUCUUACAAAAUGUCGGAAAAGACAAACCUACUACAGGAUGCUGAUGGCAAAGUCAGCAGGGCGAUCCGUGUUGGCACCAGAAAAAGCCAGCUGGCUCGGAUUCAAGCAGACAGUGUUGUAGAGAAACUCAAGGAGUUAUACCCUGAUGUUCAUUUUGAAAUAGUGGCUAUGUCAACAACAGGAGAUAAAAUUCUUGACACAGCUUUAUCCAAAAUUGGUGAAAAGAGUCUCUUCACAAAAGAACUGGAAAAUGCUUUGGAAAAAAAUGAGGUGGACCUGGUGGUGCACUCUUUGAAAGACUUGCCAACUGUUCUUCCUGAAGGCUUCACUAUAGGAUCUGUGCUGAAGCGAGAAAACCCCCAUGAUGCUGUUGUCUUGCACCCCAAACAUAAAGGCAAAUGUCUACAAUCUCUAGCCAACAAGAGGGUUGUAGGUACCAGUUCUCUUCGCCGGGCUGCCCAACUAAAGAAAAGAUUUCCUCAUCUGGAGUUUAAAGACAUUAGAGGUAAUCUCAACACUCGUCUAAAGAAGCUGGAUGAAAAGGAUGACUUUUCAGCCAUCAUUUUAGCAGCAGCUGGUCUUCGGAGAAUGGGCUGGGAGAAUCGCAUCAGCCAGAUCCUUGGGCCUGAUGACUGCAUGUAUGCAGUUGGACAGGGUGCUCUGGCAGUCGAAGUGAGAGCUCGAGACCAGGACAUCCUGGAAAUGGUGUCAGUGUUAAAUGACUCGGACACUGUGUUGAGAUGCAUCGCGGAGAGAGCCUUCCUCAAACACCUGGAAGGGGGAUGCAGUGUUCCAGUUGCUGUUUACACUGAAGUUAAGAAUUCACAGCUCUACCUGACUGGAGCGGUGUACAGUCUCGAUGGUUCAGACAGUCUGAAAGAGACCAUGCAGACAAGCAUCAGCUCUGACAAUCAGGCUGAGGAACAGGAGAAGGUUGAUGAGAAGGUGCAGCGUGUGAGUAUCACUGCUUUAAAGGUGUCAGAGGCACCCCAGGACGCCGCAGUGAAGUUAGGAGUGGACCUCGGAAAUCUGCUGCUCAGCAAAGGGGCCAAAGAGAUACUGACUGUAGCCAGACAGCUUAAUGAUGCGCAAUAGGUGUAUAAUAGUCCAUAUUUGUAGCUGAAGACCAACCACCCCUUCCAGAAGUAUUUUUAUAGAUUUCAAUGUCAACAAGUGUUAUAGUGUCAUCCUAUAACCUUUAUAUUUUGUUUGUUAUUAAGAUAUUGGUUAGUAUUUCACAGAAAACUUUUCUUUGUAUUUACUGGAGUUUAAUGAAGGUUAAUGUGCAGUUACUACUUAAAUCAGACUUGCAGUAUGAUGCAUAGUAAUAAUGUAUAAUUAAUCAUAAUUAUAUUUGCUCUCAUUUUAAGCCAUGAACAUGCAAUCAUGCCGUUUAAGAUGGUGUGUGUUGUAUCUAAACACAUGCUUAUUUGAAACUUGAAUUAUUCUGGGGUGUAUAUUUUCUGGAGCUGCUUGAAGUAUCAUCUACAUUUUACCUCCACCAACUCUGGUUAUAUGCACAUGUGAAUGUAUACAGCAUAAUAACCUGUGAACCACUACAAAACGUUUUUGUAUGAUUGAGUCCGCUGUUUCUUUUUUUUCCGUAGAUGGAGGGUUUGAUAGUACAAUGUUUUUCAUCUCAGACAUUUGCCACUGAUAUAUUUUGUGCAUUUGUUAAAUGUUGUCAUUGAAUCUUUUAAACUGAAUCUAACAUCAGUGCCUGAAAAUUUUAAAUAUCACCUCUGGAAAUAUCUUUGUGUAUUAACUUUAUUCUGAUGAAGAUGUUAUUUGUAUGGAGUUUGUAAGCAGUGCCUGAGCCUUUUCAUUUACUCCUCUCAAAUUCAUACAUGUCCUUACUUUAUUUAUUUGGCUAAAUGUAUUUUAGCAUCCUCUUGUGCCUGCAUUUGUAUGAUAAAACAUGAUCAAACUUAGCCAGUAUUCUGACAACAGUAUUCUGUUGUAGUAUUCUGAAAUACCAUUUUAUUUUAUUAUUAUUUUUUGGUUGGUUGGUUUACAGCCAUAGUUUAACUCAUACCAUGUUGAAUCAGUGUGAGCAUAUGCAAGAUUCUUUGAAUGUAACGAAAUGAUUGAAUUCUAUAAAAUACAUUCAGUUCUUAAUUUUAGUUGAGUUUUAUGGCCAUUUCAGAGUCAGGGGUGUAAACUCUGAAUACUUGAUAGCAUUGAUAUUAUUUGUCACAUACAUAAAACAGCACAUUUUGUAAGUUUGGAGGUUUUAAGAGCGAGAGAGUUAUUUGGUUAUACGAACUAUAUUUUCCAGUUCCAAAUAAAUCAAGCAGUAUAUAUGCAA